CCCACUCCCGGGCGCGGCCACCGCCCCUCGCCGCCGCGGGCCCCGCCGCGGGCAUGCGACAGGAGUAGCCCGCGCGCUUCGGAAGCACCGGAGGAGCCCCUUCGGCCUGGUCGCGCCAAGAGGACGGGGGUUAAAAUGAAUGAAGACCUGAAGGUCAAUUUAAGCGGGCUGCCUCGGGAUUAUUUAGAUGCUGGCGCUGCGGAGAACGUCUCGGCUGCCGUCUCCUCCCAGGUUCCUGUUGUCGAGCCGGAGCCAGAGCUGGUUGUCAACCCUUGGGACAUUGUCUUGUGUACCUCAGGAACCCUCAUCUCCUGUGAAAAUGCCAUUGUGGUCCUUAUCAUCUUCCAUAACCCCAGCCUGCGAGCACCCAUGUUCCUGCUCAUAGGCAGCCUGGCUCUGGCAGACUUACUGGCCGGCGUGGGACUCAUCGUCAAUUUUGUUUUUGCCUACCUGCUUCAGUCAGAAGCCACCAAGCUGGUCACAAUCGGGCUCAUUGUCGCCUCUUUCUCUGCCUCUGUCUGCAGCUUGCUGGCUAUCACUGUUGACCGCUACCUUUCCCUGUAUUACGCGCUGACGUACCACUCGGAGAGGACGGUCACGUUCACCUAUGUCAUGCUCGUCAUGCUCUGGGGGGCCUCCAUCUGCCUGGGACUGCUGCCCGUCCUGGGCUGGAACUGCCUCCGAGACGAGUCCACCUGCAGCGUGGUCAGACCUCUCACCAAGAACAACGCGGCCAUCCUCUCCGUCUCCUUCCUCUUCACGUUUGCGCUCAUGCUUCAGCUCUACAUCCAGAUCUGCAAGAUCGUGAUGCGGCACGCCCAUCAGAUCGCCCUGCAGCAUCACUUCCUGGCCACCUCCCACUACGUGACCACCCGGAAAGGCGUCUCCACCCUGGCCAUCAUUCUGGGGACCUUUGCUGCUUGCUGGAUGCCUUUCACGCUCUACUCCUUGAUCGCUGAUUACACCUACCCCUCCAUGUACACCUAUGCCACCCUCCUGCCGGCCACCUACAACUCCAUCAUCAACCCUGUCAUAUAUGCUUUCAGAAACCAAGAGAUCCAGAAAGCCCUCUGUCUCAUUUGCUGCGGCUGCAUCCCGUCCAGUCUCUCCCAGAGAGCGCGGUCCCCCAGCGACGUGUAGCAGCCUCCCCCUUAGGGGACACACGGCGCACUAAAUUCUGCAUUUACCAAGCACUUUCACUGCCCGGCCCAGUGGUUGAGAUGCUGUCCUUAACUCCUUUUGACCGGAUUUUUCUCUCCAGCCGCAGGAGCACCCAGCAUUUCUGAAGCAUUCAUUUAGAUGAGUUAAGUGAUCGAAGUGGAAAUAAUGUUGCCAGUGUCUUCGCCCUUUAAAAAAUAAAUAAAUAAAAUAAAUGAUUAUUUUGUUUUGUUGAGAGGCAGGGAUUUUUGUUUUCUGUUGUAUUUGGAGGAUUGGUAGCGGGUGGGAAAGAAAGUGUAUGCUGUGGCCAUGAUGUUAUCAAAAGUAAACUGGUCCUGGAGUGUUUACUUGGACUCUACAAUAAAAUUGAAUUAUUGCGAUCAAUGGAGGAGCAGUGACUUUUUCCAGAUUUUUUUUUUUUUAACGUCAAGGUAGAUUUUCAACGCUGCAUGUAUCUAACUGAAGAUGAUCUCUUUCGAGCCAAUACAAAUAGUUCACAUGAUUCUGUUUGGAAGAGACCCGGUUUUAUUAACGUGAACUCAGUGAUAAGUGACCAACACGGAAACCGUGUACCCAUUCUUGUUCAUUCUUUCUUUACUUGGAACAAUUACUGUUCACAAGAAUUACUUUGGUAUUUCUGUAAAUGUUGUGACUUUCUGCAAGGUUGCCUGUGUUAGCUAGACCACUAGUUUCAAAUGUUGCCGUGUAAAUCCAGAAUCAAAUGAGUCCGCUUUCAAUAUAGGUUUUCCAUGUGUCUCUAAAACGAAUUCUGAAAAUUGUCUUGAUUUGCAUAUGAAGUGGGAUUGAUUAGACCGGCCAUUGUAGUUUCUUAAACCACAGUCUGAUUGUUUUCAGGGAACAAAAGAAAAAAUUUAGUAACAUCUAUUAAAAGUAGGUUACGUUUAUUGGAGAAUAUUCUGAAAAAUAAAGCAAUGGGAAGCUGUCGCGAAAUAUGAAAACAUCACGUUUCCUAUCUCUCUAUAUCUAAGAAUGUAUUAAUAGUUAGUCCUGAUUGAGACGAAUAGAAUUAAAUCUUGUAGAUCAAAUAUUUCCGGUUCAUACUGUCUGUGGUACAAAGUGCAUUUGAAACAGGUGGUCUCCUAUUUUAACGAUUAAGUUGGCGAGUGUGUAUAAACCACGCGUAUCUGACGGUGAUAUCUGUAAGCUACCCUCUGUAAGUUCAUCAGCGGAGUGACCAUGUGGCUGUUCGUGAGAAGCUAACUUUGAAUUCCUUUUCCUUCUUUUCACCAAAAAAACAACUUAAACGCAAUAAAAACUGCAUUGCCUGUUCCCAGAGAGCAAAGAUUUUUGUCAAGAAAUAACACAGAAGACUCGGUUUUAAGCACAUUGCAAAAUCGUUGUCUGAGCGCCAUUUCCUUUAGUCAGACAGAUGUUUUAGACACACAUACCUUCCCUCCAUUUGCCGUGGAUUCGUAGUGGUGCCUGUACAAUCGACGAAAGGUUUCGGGACGGGAUGUCAACUAAGCCCAUUCGGAUGGCGGCAAGACCAGUAUUUCAGGGUCCAAGGGGGAAUCACUGGUAAUAAAUUCACCUCAUCGGUUUGUCCCAAACGUUAUGCCCGUGGUGGUCUCGGGGCCGUUCUGUCAGCCUGCAUACUGAUGUCCCUCUCGCCUUCGUAUGUAGCACAAGGGUGAAUCAAUCCCAUACUCGAAUCUGGGUCUCCUCCCCUAGGUUACUUGCGGAAGCGGGAGAGUGAAAUAUUUCAGAAGUGGGAUUUUUAAUCCCUGUCACCAUAUGACCAAUCUAAUCAACGUGAUGCCUUUAAAAAAUUCCUUUUGAACGUUUGAUGGAGUUGGUGGAUGGGACGUGAUGGGUCUGUUCAUUUUUUAAUGACGGAAAACUAGACAGCGUCCCUUUGUGAGAAAUGACUAAGGUGAGUUGGUUUUGACAUGUGCGGGCAAAGACUCAUAAUGAGGUUUAAAGCAAUAAAUGCUGCCUUUGUAGAAACGGUGGUCCACUUGGAUAUCUCUAAUAGUAGGAAUUUUAGCGAUAAUGACCGUGCUGUUUCUCUCUGCACGUUCUGUGCCAGGCUCCCCGCCGGAUGCUGUACCUGCUUUGUUGCUGGAUUCACUAAAAUACACUUACAGGUAAGAAAAUUAAGGUGAAGAGAAGCUAACCAAUUUCUCUGAGGUCACAGAGCUCCAGGGUAGAGCCAGGUUUUUCCCAAAGCCAAUGCCUGACCCCUUCCCUGCACCAGGCUGCCUGUGAUCCCUCGCUGGGCAUGAGAGCUGAGCGAAAUGAUUGAGGACAUGUUACUGUCACUAAGUUUUACUUCUACAAUUAAGACAAAGCCUCCUGUUUAAA